AACUACAACGACUGAGAUCCGCACUCAGAAGAAAACGAAAUCGAAUCGCUUUAGAAUGAAAUUCGCAAUUGUCUUACUCGUCGCCAGCAUUGCCUGCAUCAACGCACAGGUGGCCAUUAGUCCUUUUGCGGCAGCCAAUCCCUUUGCUGCAGCCUAUAAUCCGUAUCUGAAUGGAGUAUUCGGUGGAGGAGCUGCUGGAGCUGCCGCUCCCGCCGCACCCGCUGCUCCGGCAGCGCCUUUUGGCGGCUUCUCCGUCUCCGCCUUCUUCCAGUCCAUAGUGCUGCAAAAGGAGGCAGAUCGUCUGCUCAAUCAGCCCGACUUCCCCGCUGACCUGGCCGAGCGUGUCGAGAACGUGCUAGCCGAUGCUGCGCUGGGUUUCGCCAACUGCACCAACGCCACGCUGCCCUGGCUGCAAAUCCGCUGCGUCAAGCCCGCCCUGACCAGCGCCAAGAACGAGCUCAAGCUCAUCGAUGACGAGUGGCAGGCACGUCAAGCGGCCGCCACCACCACGGCAGCAGCACCAGCAGCAGGCGGUGCUCAGGCCUAAGUCGCCUUGUGAUGGGAUAUUCCAUUAAAAAAGAAACUAAGUGCAAUACACCAGCAUAGAUUCGAUAUACUUAAAUAAAGAUUUUCAAAGCAAACUAA